AUGUAUAGACAAAUACCUUUAUCUGUUGCGUUCAGUAGUGAAAACCCUGACGUCAAAAUAAAGGGGAACAGAGUAACGUUUAAGUUUCCAACAGACUGGAUUGUGAACAUAAAUGAAGAGAAGUACAUUGGCAUAACAAAUAUGUAUAUAGCACGUGCAUUUAGGAAAGUUGACUUUAUACUUCAAGUCGAGAUAGAAAAUGACGAACAGUCUUUAAGCGCCCAAAACAUUCACAUAUACAAAUACUUUAAAGACGAUACAACAUUGUUGCAAUGUAUGAUUUCAUUUAAUGAGAUGUUCGAGAAAAAGUUCAACAUUGAAGUACAAACUUUACAGCCUUUACGUGAGUUUCUUGCACAACUGAAAGAAGAAGGUAGUCAGCCACAACUUAUAGACUUUCAUUAUGAAUUUAAUGAAAAUGAAGAUGGAACACAUGACUGUCAAUUCAUUGUAUUCUCACCAUUCAAUGAAGUCGCUAAAGAGAAAGAAAAUCCAUUACGUAUAAGAUUUCAAAUCUCUGAACCAAUGAUGAUUUCAAGAAUGUUUUCAAUUAUGAUGC